AUGAACGAAUCGAAGACGAGUGGAAUUGGAAAGAUGUAUGAGGAAUUCAAGAUUACACAGCUUGUGAAUGAGACAUUGACUACAGUAAUCGAAAAUGUUCAGAUUAAUCAUGACAAAAUAUCUACAAAAGCAAAACCUAGACCUCUGAGUGCAAUUCAUGAAGAAAUUCGGGAGUAUGAUCAGUUGAGCAGAGAACUUGAGAAAGAAUAUCGAAAAAGUAUGCGAAUUGUUGAUGAUGACUUUGAGUUGGCGAGGACCCAUUGGAUUCAAUUACAGAAAUCGAAUAAACAGGGUUUGGCAAUUCGGGGUUGUUUCCUAACAAUGCUCGAGAAAUUUCCACAAGUCAGACCGAUUUGGGGAUUUGGAAAACGGAUUGAAGGACGAGUCGAGGAGACGUGGAAACCAGAAAUUGUUGAGGACUUCUAUUUCAGACACCAUUGUGCAUCACUUCAAGCCGCGUUGAAUAUGAUAAUUCAAAAUAAGGAUGAUAGAAAUGGAAUGAGACGAAUGCUGAAUGAAAUGGGGGCUCAUCAUUUCUUCUAUGACGCGUGUGAACCUCACUUUGAAGUAUUUCAAGAAUGUCUUCUGGAAUCAAUGAGACUUGUUUUGAAUGGAGGAGACUCUUUGGAUGAUGAAAUCGAGCAAUCCUGGAUUUGUCUUCUCCAAACAAUCCGUCUCCAUAUGGGAGAAGGUGUUGAAAUCCAGAGAGCCAACUAUUUAUCGCAAUGUUUGAUUCCAAAAGAAAUGGAAGAAGUCAGAGAUAAUUGGAGUAAAAUUGAGAGUUAUGGAUUCAGGAAAGCUGGAAUUUUAUUGUGUGAAUCUGCAUUCGAGAGUUAUUCAAUUCUUCUGAAAAUGCACAAUCUCUCUAUGACGCUUCCAAUUGAAGCAAAUAAGACAAGUGAGAGUUUUGUAGCACUCUCGGAUCAGAUUAUGAAGGCUCUCGACAAGACUAUAAAAUCGUAUACUCCAGAAGAAGGAUUUGCGAAUUUAAUUCUAGAAAUUCGAGAUUUUGUCAUAAAGUUUCUUGUGGUUGAAGUGUGCCCACCACUAAUUCGGAAGUCAUUUAUAGAUGGUAUGAUCCACAUGCUGUGCAAAAUUCUCAACAUCAAACACGUCAAAGAAGACUUUUUGCAUGUUUGGAAGAAAGUCUACCGAGUUAUGGAACAAUCAAUGAUAGCUAAUAUUGUCGAAUACUAA